AUGGCCAUGUCAAAAUAUGAACACAUGUACUUCAAUUGGCAAUUGAUCGAUUCAGCUUUAAUAUGUAAAAUGUAUCAGAGCAACCAUAUCUUUUGGGCCCUAGCCCUCUUCGGCUGUAUUUCACUCACCGACGGCGAAACAAAGAAGCAAAUAGUAUUCAACAGCAUUGAAUGUUCAAUGAAGAACAAAGUGUUUUCACGGGUCGAUUGUCAUCUGCAAACGCGGCUGUCCUUGAACAUCUUUCUGACCAUAAAUGAUCAGAAAGACGUUGACAAACUGACGGGAGUUUGCGAUGUGAAGAUCGAUCCCCAAGGCCAGCAAAAGAUGAUUCGUGUAAAGAACAUAAAACUGGACUUUUGCCAACUGAAAAAGAAUUCGGAAAAAGGCUCUAUAAUAGGGAUUUACUACACCGUGAUUCGGAAAGCAUUAGUUGGUUUUCCAGAGUGUCCAAUUCAAAAAAAUACCACACUAGCAUUAAAGCGAUUGCAUAUGGGCUGGCAAGAUGUGCCGAAAUACAUGCCAUUGUCCAACUACAGUUUUAUUGCAAAAGUUUAUGCCGGCAAUGAGUUAGGACUUGUGGUCAAACUAACUGGUGGCUUGUAUGAGUUUUCCAACGUUUCCGGCUACAAGAAUCCGUAG